UGCCUUCAGCCACACGUCGGCGUUCCCAGAGCCUGUCAGGAAGAGUCGCAUGAAUGUUAGUUACGAAAAUUGGUUGAAACAGAUGCCGUGAAGGCGUCAGAGAUGGCAGAUUCGCUGAGUUUGCCCGAAGAAGAGACAGAAUUCAGAAAGAUGGUGGCACAAAUCGGCGGCGAAGACAGGAUUUAUCUGGUCGGUGAGGCGCACCGAGGAGAGGCGACGGACGGAGAUGAUGACAUCGGACUCUUUUACGAGUUCAUCCGUGACAUGUUUAACAAAAACGUCCCGGUGCUCUGCAAGAAGCAGCCGCAGCGCUCCCGUCACGAGAAGGACUGCAAAGUGGAGACCGGGGAAAGCAGCGAAACGCCUUCAGGAGUGAAGUCCAAGGAUGAGGGGUCAAAAGCGCACGAGGAGGAGAAGCGACCAGCGAGCAAGGCAGCGAGGAGGCCAAACGUUUACAGCAAAAAGCGGGCGAUAGACUCCCGCAUCAUCGUCUUCAUCUUCACGCAGACUUUUAUCAGCCACGACACGAAUGAGGGGUGUUUGAUAGAGAUCCUGAAGGACGUAAAGGCGCGCACAAAACGCGCGUCACCCCCCCGGCCCGCUCUGAUUGGACUGGUCCGAACCACGCAGGAGAGCGCGGAGACUCACAGGUGCGCGCAGGUCCUGGAGAUGCACCUGCGCGCAGUUUUCCACAAACAUCCAUCUGAAGCCGUGUGGGUCGACUGCUUCCUCCCGAAGACGGAGGCCAAAAUUCUCAGCAUCAAGAAAAAUGUUUGCAAAGUUGUUUGGGCAUCUCAGGCAGCAGAUAAUACCAGGGAUAAAAGAGACCAGUCCCUGUGUCCAUUUUGGUUCAGGAGAAGGGAAUCCAGCAGACAGAAUAAUAAUAAAUCUUCAAACAGUCAGCAAAAAGGUGAAACAGAAAACUCAGAAGAAGGAAUCCCUCUGAAAACCAAUGUCACUUCUGCUGAACCUGAUGUGAAUGGAUAGUCAGCCGACAUGGAUGCUGGGAAACGGGACCGGCUGCAGGCCAUCACUGUGAACAAUUGGGUUUUCACUGUGAAAAGUAAAAACCUUUUAAAGCUAAUGUAGCCUUAAAUUUGAUGCUGAAGAGUAGAAUGGUGAGCUGAAAGCUUAGGGGAUUCUUAAAGUUUACUUUUGAUUACACAAAAGCUCAAUAUCAGCUGACCUUUUAGUCUGAAAUUAAUCAUUGCACACUGAAAAGGUUUGGUUUAUGUCAAAUCUUGGUUUCAGCAUUGACUUAAUGUUAGUUUAAUAUUGACAGUAAAGAUCUAGAAGCAUCUGCUUCCUAAAGUGUGCCAGUAUUUCAAGUUCGGUGUUACUGUAAGCAAAAGAUUCCUGACUAAGAAUCCUGUUCAGGAACCUGCUGAACAGGAAUAUAAAGUAAUUAAAACUAUUAGAUUUUUAUUUCAUUUCAUUUUAAAGUGACAUUUUUUUUGUUUUACAUAUUUUAGUACAUUUGAUAAGCCUUGUUGACAUGACUAAUAUUUGUAAUAAACAUGUAAUAUAACUUG